CAUGAAUGUAUUGUUAUUUGAAAGAAAAACAGCUGUUUUUAAGACUCCAGUAUAUAAUACUAUAUUAUUGACUCUGGCAAUUUAUUAUUCAAGAAAAUUAUCACCUCAUUCUGGUGGUUGUAUGAAUCCUACUAUUGCAAUUGGGAUGAAUCUAGCAGUUGCACAUGUAGAGAAUAGAACUGAUAUUUUGAGGAAUGAUUUAUGGUUAUUUAUUGCUGGACCUCUAAUUGGUUCAUUCAUAGUCUACAUAUUAUAUUAUUGCAUUAUAUAACCCAAUUCUAAAUUAUGCAAUAAAUACAAAAGUAUGGGGAUUUGA